AUGAGGAAGUUCUUUAUGUGGCUUGUGUUGGCAACGCCUAUCUCCAUUGCUGUCUUGUUUAUGACGGGUCUCCAACGUUCCGUGCAAACAAGGUUUACGGUUAAUGAACAGACUCAAGCAAAGACAACAAGAAAACCACUAACUCCGCGCAUGCCUCCCUAUAUCUCUGCUUUAAAAUACUUCGCCGAAACCGAUCCGGACACGUUCAAAGCAACGAAGGACACAUUGAUUCCUUCUGGAUACGGAUUGGACACGUUCGUCGACAAAGAUGGUUCGGAGCUUCUCGUAGAGAAUGGAGUUUUCUUCAGACCAUUUCCUUAUCGGGAAAAUCCUAACAAUACGUACUACCGCUCACAAUUUGAGCCACACAUCCCUUGGGACCCCGACGUUUUUUUCCAGGGCAACAAAUCCAGAAUGCUGGAAUUUGAAAAAUUGAAGAGAAGAGAUCUUGACGACGAGGCAGGCGGUUCGCUCGGAGUUCUUCCAAAGAUAAUUAUGUGGUGGCAAUAUAAACCAGCAGCGCCCCCUAUCCUGGGACUGGAGCGUCUGAGGUUUUGUCCCGAUCUUCCAUGUGUUCUUACGUCCAACAGGAAUUACUCAAAACAGAGCUCUGCCAUGCUUGUAAACAGUCAGUUCAUCAAAAUCAAGUCCCGCCCUCCACCUCGCCGACCUGAACAAGUGUUGGUUUACUACCAGAUCGAAGCUCCUGUGACAAAAUACUGGCGCCGCGGCGGCAAUUUCGACAACCCGAGCUGGAACCACAUCUUCAACUGGACCAUGUCAUAUCGCAUGGACGCCGACAUCACCUUCUAUCACGGAGUAAUAAGGAAGCGCUUGCGACAAACGCCGGAACGCGAUUACGAGGCAAUUGUGAAAAGGAAAAGGAAACUCGUCGCUUGGCUUAGCUCAAAUAGUAAGACGCAGUCAAAGAGACAAGAGUACUUCUCCGAACUUCUGAAAUAUAUUCCAAUAGAUAACCUGGCGAGAAGGACUGCUAAAUGUUCCAAGAAAAGGGACCCCGAAUGCCUCUCUAUGAUAAACGAAACCUAUAAAUUCUAUCUCAGUUUUGAAAGUGCGAUGUGCGAUGACUACAUUACGGAAAAACUCUUUAAGUACUACGGUCUUGAUUUGAUCACGGUAGUUCGAGGCACGAAUCAGUAUACUGAACAUGCGCCCAAAGGUACGUAUAUAAACGCAGCGGAUUUCAGCUCACCCAAAGAACUAGCGGAAUAUUUGCUCUACCUGGACCAACAUGACGAAGAGUUUAUUAAACUGCUGAAAGAGAAGGAUAAAUAUUUCAAUCUGUAUGAAGAUUUCUUACUGAAACCGCCAUGGGGAAAUUUUAACAUGGAGUACAGGUAUGAAGCGACAGCGUUCUGUCAUAUGUGCCAUAGGCUGUGGAAUCUGGAAGACUACAGGAAGACUGUAGCCGAUGUGAGAGUUUGGUUCAAUUCCUCCAAAUGUUACCAACCGGAGAACCUUCAGCGGGUUGAAAAUGCAAGUUCGAGAAUUCUCCAGAAGGGAAGUGUUGUGAGCGGCCAUAAUGAAUAAUAGAGAAGGCUGAAGAAACAGACGACAGCAGCUCAGGGAAUACUUUGUAUAUUAUUAUGUCAU